AUGUCCGACGACAACAUUUCCAUCUACGACGAGAUAGAGAUUGAAGAUAUGACCUUUGACGAGGACAUGCAGAUCUACCACUACCCAUGCCCCUGCGGCGACAAGUUCCAAAUCGCCCUGGCCGACUUGCGCGACGACGAGGACAUUGCCGUGUGUCCCAGCUGCAGUCUCAUGAUUCGCGUCAUCUUUGAUAAGGACGACCUCCCUGAGGACCCCGAAGAUGAAGCUGAACCUGGUGUCGAGGAGGCAUCCGCUCAGAUUCCCGUCGCCGCUUGA